UCUCGUCGUAGGCUCUCUCACUGCUCCUCCGCUUCCUGGCCUCGCUGCACCCCAUUCUGACAGCUACUAGUACCGCUUUCUCGAAGACAACUGGACCGUAGAGAAUCCUCGUUGUGGAAGAUUAAGAAAUAGCCUUUUUUUUUUGUUGGCGGAUUUAUUCAUUGUCCUACUUCGAAAGUUGUUUAUCGGACGAGAGACGGAUGGUUUUGGAAGUCGUUUUGAGGGAUACGAAAGUGUAAAGGAAGGUUUUUCUUUUUUCUUUUUUUAGACCGUAACGCAGUAACAUAAAGAGACGUAUCUACUGUUCAUGGCUGCUGGGGAAGGUGCCCAGCUGCCGGCAACAAUAGCGGCCAGCCGGUGCGUGGAGAAGUCGCUCGAGGAAGCUACCGGGAGCGGUGCUCUGAACUUGUCGAACCGUAAAUUGAAAGAGUUUCCCCGAACCGCCCGGAACUAUGACUUGUCCGAUAUUACGACAGCCGACCUUUCUAAGAACCGUCUGUGCGAGCUGCCAGAGGAGCUGUGCCAGUUCAUCUCCUUGGAGACGCUCAGCUUGUACCACAACUGUGUUCGCUCCCUCACCCCCGACCUCUGUCACCUACAGGCUCUCACCUACCUCAACCUCAGCCGUAACCUCCUCUCCAGCCUGCCCCCCUCGAUGUGUCAGCUCCCCCUCCUGAGAGUCCUGAUCGUCAGCAACAACAAGCUGUCGGCCCUGCCCACCUCCAUACAUACCCUCACUCACCUCCGACAGCUGGAUGUGAGUUGUAAUGGCCUGCAGUGUUUGCCUGUGGAGCUGGGUCAGCUGGAGUGUCUGAGAGACCUCAACUUGAGGCGGAACCAGCUCACCACACUGCCAGAGGAGUUGUCCGAGUUACCCCUGGUCCGGUUAGAUGUCUCCUGUAACCACAUCUCCCACGUGCCUGUGUGUUACCGCCACCUGCGUCAACUCCAGACCAUAGUCUUGGACAACAACCCCCUGCAGCAACCGCCUGCCCAGAUCUGCUCUAAGGGGAAAUACCACAUCUUCAAGUUCCUCAACAUUGUGGCCUGUAAGAGGAGCCAGGAGGAGCUGGAGAGAGCCCUGAGACCUACAGGGUUUAAUAGCUGUCUGUCGGACCAUGAGCUGUUCUCAGGUCAGUUUGGAGGUUUGGACUCUGGCUUCAACAGUGUGGACAGCGGCAGCAAGAGAUGGUCUGGGAACGAGUCUGCAGAUGACUUCUCAGAGCGGUCCCUGCGUAUGGCUGAGCUCACCAGAGACCAGAGGAACCUGGAGGAAGAGGUGGAGGACGACUCUUCCCUCACAGAGACCCCAGACACGGUGAAUGGGGAGGCCAAGCGGGUGGAUGUCAUAGCGUCACCGAGGAGCGUCACCGAGGAGAAAGAAGACUGCAGGGCGAAUCGUCCCUCUCCCCCCAUCACAGCGCCCCCGCAGGAGAACACAGCGGAAUCCUCACCACCACCCCAAACACAAGACUCUUCUAGAAGCAGUGUGGAGGUAGGAGGGGGGCUGUCACACCCGUCCCCCUCCAGUCCCACCCUGGAGGAGAGGAGGAGACCAGGUACCCUGCUCAUCUGGCAGGAGAGAGAGAGAAUCCAUCAGCAGAGAGACAACACGGCCAGAGACAAUGGUUUACUGAAGAUUACAACGGCCAAAACAGGAAGUAAUGUGGCGACGCUGUCACAGACAGGAAGUAGCUCGAGUGGUAGCUCACCAGAGAACAGCCACUCCCAGAACGGGCUCAGACAACGAUGUGCGAGUGCAGAUCAGAUGUCACUGUCUCAAACGGCACCGGUUCAGCGCUCUGUUAGCCGAUCAGACGUUCCGUCGUCUCCCAAGGCGUCGUCCCCUCCAGGCCUGAGUCAGAAACCCAACAGUUUCCUGUUCCGCACCUCGUCACGCUGCAGCGUCAAGAGUCAGUUCUCCAUCUCAGGCUCCACACAGAGUCUGGUGGAGGCAGGCCGCUCUGAGUCUCGCUCCGUGUUGAGGCCAGAUGUAGUACAGCUACGUAAGACGCUGGAGUCGAGGUUAAAGACCGUCCUGCCAGAGGAUCUAGGUGAGGCGUUGUCCAAUGGAACGGUCCUCUGCCAGCUGGCCAAUCACGUGCGGCCUCGCGCUGUGUCCAUCAUCCACAUUCCCUCCCCAGCAGUGCCAAAGCUGAGCACGGCCAAGUGUCGUCUCAACGUGGAGAACUUCAUCUCUGCCUGUCGUAGGCUGGGGGUCCCUGAGACGGAGGUGUGUGUGUUGUCUGAUGUGUAUCUCUGUAAGCUGCCUGCUGUGCUGCGCUGUGUGGAGGCCCUGGUGAAAUGUGAGGUAGAGGGGGACAGCCCCUACAGCCCCUACUCCUCACUGCUCUCAGAGGGCUUCUUGGUCUUCUACAGCCUGGUCAUGAUCCUGCUGUACACACUGUACUACCACCUGGUCUCAUAGAUACUGAGCACUCUGUUCUACACUACUACCACCUGGUCUCAUAGAUACUGAGGGUGUGUGUGUGUGUGUGUGUGUGUGAGCGCUCUCGGACUGGUGUGAAUUUGACCACCUAAUGCGAACAUUCACAGACAACCCAGACUUAAAUCCACCAUGAUUUCAUAAACACACACACACACACACACACACACACACACACACACACACACACACACACACACGCGCGCAGCUGUCCUGCCAUGAGGUAUGCAGAGUGAGAGACAAGCCUCACAACACAGGAAGGACUGUCAGCUGCCCCCUCCAGCCUCACAGCUGCUGUCAAAGACGUACCCAACGUGACAACAGUACACACACACACACACACACACACACACACACACACACACACGGCCACAGCAGAACACACAGUGUGUAUGUACAACAGCUGGUGUGGUUGAGCACAACAUGGAACCAUGUGAUUCAUAAAACAACCACUGAAAUCAUGUCCUUUGAAGUUGAGAGAUUGGCUCUGGCCCAUAUUGAAGUCGUCUGAAAUACCCUUUAGAUAAGAGGACCCUUUCGAACAUCACAACCUCUGUGAAUGAUUAGCAGAGAAAUACAUUUUAGUUAAACCGUUACAGUCACAUUUAUAUUUUUACAGGGCUUCCCUACAUGACUGCUGUUACCCCUCUAAUGCACAGCAUGUCCUGUCUCUCUGUCUGACUGCUGUUACCCCUCUAAUGCACAGCAUGUCCUGUCUCUCUGUCUGACGAUGUCCUGUCUCUCUGUCUGACGAUGUCCUGUCUCUCUGUCUGACGAUGUCCUGUCUCUCUGUCUGACGAUGUCCUGUCUCUCUGUCUGACGAUGUCCUGUCUCUCUGUCUGACGAUGUCCUGUCUCUCUGUCUGACGAUGUCCUGUCUCUCUGUCUGACGAUGUCCUGUCUCUCUGUCUGACGAUGUCCUGUCUCUCUGUCUGACGAUGUCCUGUCUCUCUGUCUGACGAUGUCCUGUCUCUCUGUCUGACGAUGUCCUGUCUCUCUGUCUGACGAUGUCCUGUCUCUCUGUCUGACGAUGUCCUGUCUCUCUGUCUGACGAUGUCCUGUCUCUCUGUCUGACGAUGUCCUGUCUCUCUGUCUGACGAUGUCCUGUCUCUCUGUCUGACGAUGUCCUGUCUCUCUGUCUGACGAUGUCCUGUCUCUCUGUCUGACGAUGUCCUGUCUCUCUGUCUGACGAUGUCCUGUCUCUCUGUCUGACGAUGUCCUGUCUCUCUGUCUGACGAUGUCCUGUCUCUCUGUCUGACGAUGUCCUGUCUCUCUGUCUGACGAUGUCCUGUCUCUCUGUCUGACGAUGUCCUGUCUCUCUCUGUCUGACGAUGUCCUGUCUCUCUCUGUCUGACGAUGUCCUGUCUCUCUGUCUGACGAUGUCCUGUCUCUGUCUGACGAUGUCCUGUCUCUCUGUCUGACGAUGUCCUGUCUCUCUGUCUGACGAUGUCCUGUCUCUCUGUCUGACGAUGUCCUGUCUCUCUGUCUGACGAUGUCCUGUCUCUCUGUCUGACGAUGUCCUGUCUCUCUGUCUGACGAUGUCCUGUCUCUCUGUCUCUGACGAUGUCCUGUCUCUCUGUCUCUGACGAUGUCCUGUCUCUCUGUGUCUGACGAUGUCCUGUCUCUGCGUCUGACGAUGUCCUGUCUCUGCGUCUGACGAUGUCCUGUCUCUGCGUCUGACGAUGUCCUGUCUCUCUGUCUGACGAUGUCCUGUCUCUCUGUCUGACGAUGUCCUGUCUCUCUGUCUCUGACGAUGUCCUGUCUCUCUGUCUCUGACGAUGUCCUGUCUCUCUGUGUCUGACGAUGUCCUGUCUCUGCGUCUGACGAUGUCCUGUCUCUGCGUCUGACGAUGUCCUGUCUCUGCGUCUGACGAUGUCCUGUCUCUGCGUCUGACGAUGUCCUGUCUCUCUGUCUGACGAUGUCCUGUCUCUGCGUCUGACGAUGUCCUGUCUCUCUGUCUGACGAUGUCCUGUCUCUCUGUCUGACGAUGUCCUGUCUCUCUGUCUGACGAUGUCCUGUCUCUCUCUGUCUGACGAUGUCCUGUCUCUCUGUGUCUGACGAUGUCCUGUCUCUCUGUGUCUGACGAUGUCCUGUCUCUCUGUGUCUGACGAUGUCCUGUCUCUCUGUGUCUGACGAUGUCCUGUCUCUCUGUGUCUGACGAUGUCCUGUCUCUCUGUGUCUGACGAUGUCCUGUCUCUCUGUGUCUGACGAUGUCCUGUCUUCAGUAAGGGAAAACGCCCUGUACUCAGAGAAUUGGGAACACCAGUUGUAACCCUUGAGGAGAUUACAAAACAGGAAAGGACAACGUUUAUCAAAUAAGAUAAGAGGACAUUUUGUGACCUAGACUCCCAACAUUUUGCUGAAAGGAUUAAGACAUUAUUCUCAUGGAAGCCAUUUUGGGGGGGAAAUGAGACCAAUCAUUGGUGCCUGUUAUAUCUGCCAGUAAGAGUACUCAAUGACCAACGCCUUCCACUGGUUUCUGCCUGCCAUGUCUGACCGUGACCACCAGGGAGCGGUGUUGCUACACACUACAUUACACCGACUGCUAUCCCCGAUGCUUUUUACAAAAAAAACCUGAUGGUACAGAAAUAUUUCCAAGCUUGUAAUGAUUUAUUUUACUUAUUUUUGUUGUUUGUUUGGUCACCGGCUUAACAUGCUUCAUGUUUGUAAAAAUGUAAACAACUAAUUAAAUUAUUUUUGUAAUAUUUAUAUAUAUUUUUUUUCUAUUUCUGUUUGUUGCAGUGCUUGGGGAAAGAGCAUUGGCCUCAUAGAUAAAAGCUAACUGAAAUCAAUUGGUUUAAUUCGCUUCCUGAUUGAGUCAGAUUACUGGUCGUAGCCGUUCAAUGGGACCACUUCUCCAAAGCUCGCUCGAAUAAACAUUUAGAUGAAGAUAAUGGUUAGCUUCGAUCAGUCAGAUAAUUCACUUAAGUCUGAAUUAACUGUCAUGUGAUCUGCUCUUUCCAGUUUAGGCACUACAUUUCCCAUCAGCCCUAUUGUGUACAAUGUUGCUCCUGGGUACUCUUGGGAAGGUGUGUGCAUUGUUGAGGCCUCCGCUUUCUCCAGCGUAAGGCUGUGUCAUAGCUUACGGAGUGCUCUGUGAAAACUCUGUGAUAUCCAAGCUAAUAAGAGCUCGUCAGCUUGUGGUCUGGUUCGUUUAGCCUUUUUCAAUGGGCAAAAUGAAUGGGGAAGGGAAUAGGGGGUUAUAACACGUAAGGUUGACGCAGGCUUUUGAGAGAAAAGUCAUGUUAACUAACUGAUAUUAUGAAGCGUUUAUCUGCGGUUUUUGUUUUUACUCCAUAAAUCUAAAUUCACAAAGCGACGUUAGCCGAUGAAGGUUCUCUCGUAGAACAAGACCUGCGCGUUUUUUAAUAUUUUUUUUACCUCAGACCUUAUUUUCGGCAGUUAUCCAAAAACGCCAUUUUGUUUUCCCCCAUAGACUUUGAUUUAGUGCUGACAAAAAGACACCAUUGUCAAAAAUACUGAGGUGUAAUACAAUUUACACACACACACACUGUAAAUAGGCACCAUUUCACCUUGUAUUUGAGGUGUGUCAUCCUAAUACUGUAAUCAGGACUUGUUCAUAGGAUGAUGGCGUAUGCAUAUUGAUGGAGCUUAGUCACCUUGCAUGAAGUAGGCAAGAAGAGCGGCCAUUUUGGUGGUUCCCAACUCCUCAUCCUUCUACUACCGUGUCCCUAAGGGAUAUGUGGAAAUGUCUAUUUCCUCUCUUUUGUCUGUUACAUCAUUUUUUUUGGCGCAUAACCACAGUCAGUCGUUGUUGGAAAUUGCAUUUUGCGAUUUAAUGUUUCAACCAAAAUGAGUUUUAUAAAAAUAAAUGUGGAACCACUACCAUAUUCACUGGUUUAGAAAUGAAUUCUAUUCUUUAAAAUGUUAACUGAACAGAAAUACUGUUGUAUUUUGUAAUAUUUAUAUCAUACCUAUGUAUUUAAAUGAGUUUAUAUAAAAAUCUAUAGUUUUUCUCCUCUGUCAUGAAAUUAUUAAAUAAGGAAUUUAACCAUU